UCGCGCGACCGGUCGUCGUCGUCCGAGGCUUCUUUACGGAACACCAGAAAAUAUCCAGGAGAAAGGAAGAACUCAAGACAGCCUCAGCCAUGGCCACGAGCACCGCCCUCCUCCUCCCGCUGCGGCUCGCGCCACUGCUCCCUCCCCCUAGGUUCUCCUCGACGCCCCGGAAGCUUCUUCUCCUCGCGCCCCUCGGCCGCAGCGGCGGGACGCGGCGGCUCAGGGCGGCCGGCGACCGCGCGGGGCCUCUCUCCGCGGACCAGACCGCCGUCUACAACGGCGUCUACGGCCCCUGGUCCGUCGACGACGCUGACAUCCGCGAGGUCCUGCUCUACAGGUCGGGGCUGGUGACGGCGGCGGCGACCUUCCUGGUGGCCGCCUCGGGGGCGUUCCUCCCGGGAGGGAACGCCGCGGGCGACGCCAUCAGGCAGAGCGCCGACCUCCUCUACGCCGCGGGGGCCGCCGGGCUGGGGCUGUCGCUGUUGCUGAUCCACAUAUACGUCACCCCGAUCAAGCGGUUCCUGCAGGCGCUGUGGGCCGCCGGCGUGGUCGGGUCCGUCGGGACCUACGCCGUCGCCGCGCGGCCGCUCGACGAGGGCUUGGUCCAGUUCGUGCUGGACCACCCCGCCGCGCUCUGGUUCGUCGGGCCCACCUUCGCGGCGCUCACUGGCCUCGUCUUCAAAGAAGGUCUGUGCUACGGGAAACUGGAAGCUGGGAUAUUAACAUUUGUUAUCCCUAUCCUUCUUCUUGGACACCUGUCUGGUUUAAUGGAUGAUGGGGCAAAACUGGGCCUUUUAGGAGUGUGGAUGGCACUAUUCACCGUGUUUGCCGCGAGGAAAUUUCAGCAGCCCAUCAAGGAUGACAUUGGUGACAAAUCUGUUUUCAUGUUCAACGCCCUCCCUGAAGACGAAAAGAAAUCUUUGUUGCAGAAGCUCGAGGCACAACCAAUGGAGCAGACUUCGGAUUAGGAGGUAUACUGGGCACGAUGAUGAUACCUUGUCGAUGGACGUCGGUAACAACACCCUUCCAAAAAGAGGAACGAAUACUUCGCUACUGAAGCUCAAGGAGGGAUGAACAGAACAGAGGCUUGAAUAGCGGCAGUAGGCACAGCAAUAUGGCACGAUAGCCAGUCACCAAUAGCUUGUACCUAUCAUGUAUUUCCUGGCCGAGUCUUACAAUUUCGUUCUGUUCGUGACAAUAAAGGACAGACAUCGGCGAAAAGUCUGUUUUCAUGUUCAACGCCUUCCUUGAAAAGGAAAUGAAAGCUUUAUUACAGAAGCUUGAGGCGCCACUGAGCAGACAUUGGAAAUUGGAAUAGCAGGUAACAGUGACAAUA